AUGGCGUCCUUCGCCAACCCCACACAGAUCUUUGCGGACGAUGUCAUCGAGGAGAAAGGCGAGAACGCUCGUCUCUCUGCCUUCGUCGGUGCCAUCGCCGUCGGUGACUUGGUGAAGAGUACUCUGGGUCCCAAGGGAAUGGACAAGAUCCUUCAGUCAGCCUCGACCGGAGAAAUUCUCGUUACCAACGACGGCGCCACGAUCCUCAAAGCCAUUGCUCUCGAUAACGCUGCCGCCAAGGUGCUGGUCAACAUCUCGAAAGUUCAGGACGAUGAAGUCGGUGACGGCACGACGUCCGUCACCGUGCUGGCGGCCGAGCUGCUCCGUGAGGCGGAGAAGUUGGUGAGCCGCAAGAUCCAUCCCCAGACCAUCAUCGAAGGUUUCCGUAUAGCCAGCCGAGCCGCUCUGGAGUCCCUGGAGAAGGUCGCCGUCGACCGCAGCGCCGACAUGGAGUCGUUCCGUAAAGAUCUCCACUCCAUCGCCCGAACGACCCUGAGCUCCAAGGUCCUGGCCCAGGACCGCGACCACUUCGCCACUCUUGCCUGCGAUGCCGUCCUUCGUCUCUGCGGCUCUACCGACCUCAGUCACAUCCAGAUCAUCAAGAAGGCCGGCGGCAAGCUCAACGAUUCCUACCUGGACGAAGGGUUUAUUCUCGACAAGAAGAUCGGUGUCAACCAGCCCAAGCGUCUCGAAAAUGCGAAGAUUCUGGUCGCCAACACUGCCAUGGACACGGAUAAGGUGAAGAUCUUCGGUGCGCGGGUAAAGGUCGACUCAACGGGCAAGCUGGCCGAGCUGGAGAAGGCCGAGCGUGAGAAGAUGAAGGCCAAGGUUGAGCGGAUCAAGUCUCACGGCAUCAACUGCUUCGUGAACCGUCAGUUGAUCUACAACUGGCCCGAGCAGCUGUUCACGGAAGCCGGCAUCAUGUCCAUCGAACACGCCGACUUCGACGGCGUCGAGCGACUUGCCCUGGUGACCGGCGGUGAGAUCGCCUCGACGUUCGACCACCCCGACCAGGUGAAACUGGGCCAGUGCGAUGUCAUCGAGGAGGUUAUUAUCGGCGAGGACACCCUGAUCAAAUUCUCCGGCGUGGCUGCCGGCCAGGCCUGCACUAUCGUCCUGCGCGGUGCCACCGAGCAGCUUCUCGACGAGGCCGAGCGCUCUCUGCACGACGCCCUGGCCGUGCUCUCUCAGACCGUCAAGGACCCUCGCGUGACGCUGGGUGGUGGCUGCGCUGAGAUGGUCAUGUCCAAGGCCGUGGAGCAGGCGGCGCAGAACACCACGGGCAAGAAGCAGCUGGCUGUCGACUCGUUCUCGCACGCUCUUAAGCAGCUGCCCACCAUCCUGGCGGACAACGCCGGUCUGGACUCCAGCGACCUGGUGACGCGACUCCGACAGGCGAUCAACAACGGCAUGACCAGCUCCGGAUUGGAUCUACUGUCGCCGGGAGGCGGCAUUGCCGACAUGCGUGAGUUGGGCGUCGUCGAGAGCUACAAGCUGAAGAAGGCGGUUGUGUCCUCGGCAUCGGAAGCCGCAGAGCUGCUUCUGAGAGUGGACAACAUCAUCCGGGCUGCUCCUCGCCGACGUGAGCGGAUGUAA